GCAUCUCUAAUGUAUUAAUUUUCCGGUUGUUUAUACAAAUAUACUUGACAAAAAAUUUUUAGGUAGUAAUAGCAUUUCAAAGAACAAAAUCAGUCUAGAAAUUCAUCAGCGAUGUUUAAAAAUACAUUUCAAUCUGGGUUUCUUUCGAUUCUGUACAGCAUCGGUAGUAAGCCGUUGCAGAUAUGGGAUAAAAAAGUUCGAAAUGGCCAUAUAAAGAGAAUUACAGAUAAUGAUAUUCAAAGCUUAGUCCUUGAGAUCGUCGGAACAAAUGUUAGCACAACAUUUAUAACAUGUCCUGCUGACCCCAAAAAAACUUUGGGAAUAAAACUGCCUUAUUUAGUUAUGAUAAUAAAAAAUCUCAAGAAGUAUUUCACGUUUGAAGUGCAGGUUCUGGAUGAUAAAAAUGUGCGUCGUAGAUUCCGUGCCAGUAAUUAUCAAUCAACAACCCGCGUGAAGCCAUUUAUAUGUACUAUGCCGAUGCGUCUUGAUGAAGGAUGGAAUCAAAUACAAUUUAAUUUGUCGGAUUUUACUAGAAGAGCUUAUGGGACGAAUUACGUUGAGACUCUACGUGUGCAAAUACACGCAAAUUGUAGAAUACGACGAGUUUACUUUUCGGAUAGACUUUAUUCCGAAGAAGAGUUACCUCCGGAGUUUAAAUUAUUUUUACCAAUUCAAAAGCCUCAAAAAGCACUACAUGCUGUUUGCAGUUGAUAAAUUAAAUGUGUUAAAACUAUGAAAAAAAAAACUUUUUAAAGGCCUCUUAAUCAUAUAGUACCAAUCGGACCAAAGUGCGCCUAAUAUGUUCUGCGCUGCUUAAUACCGCUUGGGAAAUUUCGAUUUUGGGGCAGUGUUUAAAAGACUGUAUUUUGAUUCGAAAGCUCGUCGCGCUCCACAACAAAAUUCAAUUCGAAUGAGCUCCCAUACUUAAUGUUUCGUUCGAAUCAAUUUUCAAAAAUAUUCAAGCUUAGUUAUCAUGGCAAACGCAAUACAAAAUUCUAAAGAAAAAUGAAACCAAUAAAAUUAUGUAAAUUUUUUAGUGGAA